AACAGCAACAACAAUAAUAACAACUAUAAACAAAAAUAUACUAAAAACACUUCAACUAAAUCGAUACUAAUUCACAGCACAAUAGAUAGUGACAAAUAGAGAGAGAGAGAGAGAGAGAGAGAGAGGGAAAAAAGAGUAUCACCAUCAUCGUCAUCGUUAUCAUAAUCUUCAUCAUCGUCAUCAACAUCAACAUUCUCGUCAACAAUAUGGGGCCCGUGGGUAAAAUACGUUUAAAUUAUGCAGCAUUUGCAGUUUAUUUAUUUUUAAGCACAGUGUCUAUAGAAUUAACCUCAGCUGCCGGUCAACCACGUUUAGAAAUAUUCCCCAUGCAGGGUGUGCAGCGUAAGCCUGUAGGGAAAUCAUUGAUUCUUACUUGUCGUCCCAAUGUGCCUGACGCCAGUCUAGUCGCUGAUUUACAAUGGAAGGACAAUCUUAAUAAUACGAUAUUACCGAAACCGAACAAAUACUAUUAUCCACUGUAUGAUUCCAAAGGACGUAGAUUACCUGCUGUAACUGGUCGCAAUCAACCGCCCAUGUAUACGGAAACGUUGCCUGGCGAAAGUCUAGCGCUUAUGAUUACAGCUCUCAGCGUAGAGAUGGAAGGCAGAUAUUAUUGCACCGCCUCCUAUGCGAACACCGAGCUACUCGAAACCAGUGUUAUGAUUGAAAGUUAUGUGGCCAUUACUUGGACAAAUGCUCCAGAAAAUCAAUAUCCAAUACUCGGCGAAGUUUACGUGGUAAAAUGUGAAGUGAAGGCAGAUCCGAAUCCCACCAUUGAUUGGCUAAGAAAUGGCGAUCAGAUACGAACUGGCGAUAAGUAUGUAGUUCAAACUCAUGGUUUAUUGAUACGUGACGUACAGGAAUCGGAUGAUGGCAUUUACACAUGUCGAGCAGCAGUAAUUGAAACCGGCGAACUAUUAGAACGUACUAUACGCGUAGAGGUCUAUAGCCGUCCUGUUAUUACUUAUUUACCUAUCACAUUGGAAGCUACAGAGGGUCAACCCUUUGCUGCUAAUUGCACGGCCACUGGCAAACCGAAACCAGAAAUCUCUUGGAUUAAAGAUGCAGCCCAACAAAAUGUGGCGAAUGCUGACCGUUUCAACGUGAACCCCUUAACAGGACUUUUGACCAUUAAUGCUGUGACUCAAGACGAUUACGGCACAUACACAUGCAUAGCAAAGAAUGACGCCGGCGUGGUAGAUCAAAAGACAAAAUUAAAUGUGUUAGUUAGACCCUCCAUCUAUGAAAUGUAUAACGUGACGGGAGUGAGCCACAAGGAAAUCGCUCUUACCUGUCGCGCUAAGGGACGGCCAGCUCCCGAGAUAACCUUCCGACACUGGGGUACAGAGGAUGAAUUCGCUGCUGGAGUUCAAGUCGAUGAUGAUCGCAUUGUGCUAGAGCAGCAUUUCGAUGAGGACAGGGGUGAAAGCUCGGGUACUUUGCGUAUAUCGCGUUCUAUGCGUUCAGAUGAUGGCUUGUACCAAUGUUUGGCUCGUAAUAAGGGUGACACCGAUUAUAAGACGGGACACAUCACCAUAGAAUUUCCUCCAGAUUUUACACAUAUGAAAGAUCUACCUCCAAUAUUUAGCUGGGACGAGCGUAAAGCAAACCUAAGUUGCUUAGCUAUGGGUAUACCAAAUGCUACUAUAGAAUGGCGUUGGAGUGGUAAGCCCAUCAAAGAGAUAUUAGACAAGAAUUUACAACAAGUGGGCAACGGACCGCGUAGUGAUUUGAUAGUACAUCCUGUUGCUCGUCAUUAUUAUUCAGUAUAUAAAUGUGUGGCUACAAACAUUCACGGCGUAGCCGAACAAGAUAUACAAUUAAAAGAAGCUCGCGUACCCGAAUUGAUAGCGGCCGCUAUACCUAAACAAUUAACAGCGACUACUAUUACUUUCGAUAUAAGAGGUCCUCCCGCUGAGCUUGGAUUGCCCAUUACGGCCUUCGCUGUACAAUACAAGGAAGCACUUAAUCCCGACUGGUCGACAGCUCUAAAUCGUACCUGGUCUCCCGAGUCGCCAUAUAUUGUAGAAAGCCUGAAGCCACAAACCUCGUACAACUUUCGAUUUGCAGCACGCAACGCUGUUGGUUUAGGUAGCUGGGGCGUUAAUCUUCAACAAUCCACUCCUCGACGUUCCGCGCCAGAGGAGCCUAAGCCCUUACACUCACCUGUGCAAAAUGAUCAAGAGGAACCCGUUGUCGUCUCGCCCUAUUCCGAUCAUUUCGAAUUAAGAUGGAGUGUCCCAGCCGAUAACGGUGAACCAAUUGAUUUCUAUCAAGUGAAAUAUUGCCCGGGUGUCAAAAUGGCUGGUACUUGGCAUGAAUUAGAAAAUCAAUGUGUCUCGGUCGAUGUGGUUGAGAGCACCGCCUACGAAAUGUCACAUCUUAGCGGCAACACGUACUAUCGCAUUGAAUUGAGGGCACACAAUGUCAUUGGAUUCUCGUCGCCUGCGUCCAUAAUUAUGAAAACAACACGAGACAAUCCAUAUCCGUACUCAGCGGCCGGCAGUUUAAAGGAUUAUACAAAACACCAUCAGCAACGUUUAUUCAUUUUAAAUACAUUUGUACUGAUAAUCACCGUAAGAAGGAUGUCGUCACUACAACUGCAGCCGCAACGGCAGCAACAGCAAUCAUUCAUGGGAUUAUAAACUUGAAGCUUGCAUACUCUCUUUCUCAUGCAAACCAAUGCACACACAUAUACACACAUACACACAUACACAAACACACAUACACACACAGAGUGACAGCAACACACACAGUAAUAGUCUGAUAGAGUUGGUCCUUUUUGGCGAAACAAUCAAGUGAUAACAUUGAUGUACAUAUAUAUGAUGUUAUAGAAGUAAAAGCACACAGAUCUCUACAACACUAUAUCCAUCGUCAUAAUUAUCUAAUAAUAAUAACAAUAAUAAUAAUUACAAAUUGUUGUUGUAAUUUCUUUGUACGUAUAUGUAUGUUAAUAUAAUUAUAUCGGGAAGUUAAAACAAAAAAAAAUUUUUUUUUUCACUUUAUAAUAAAUGCGUUAGUAAUAGUAUUUACGAGACACACUACGGCGAUAUUCUAAAGCAGAAAGAAAAUAAGAACAAAAGGUAUAAAUAAAGUAAAGAAAAUUCCGGUAUCUCAACCUUUGACUAACACUUGUACUUAAUACAUAAAAUUUAGACAAAAGAAAAAAACAAAUCCCAGACUCACUACUUAUUCAUAACGUUAACUUGACGUUAGCUUUGAGAUUCGCAUUGAAGUUUUUAUGAAAAAUACGACAAAGGUAAUUAGACUAUUUACCCAAGAGCUUUCGAGUUGACCUAGCCGUGGCUACCCAUUCAGGUAUUUAUAAGUUUGAACGAUUGAAGUCUCAAGACAUUAAGUACAUAAGCUCUUAGUUGAUUUUCGCAAAUACAUUAUUAAGAUAGGAGUAAGGGUGAACCCUCUUGCCUUAAACUAUUGGACAUUAAGCAUGUAUUUUUGUGUUCAAAUUACAAAUCGCAAGUUUUCAGACAUUUUCAUCAAAUUCGGUACAAUGACGUGCUUUGACCCAAGGACGAACGGUAUUGAAAAUGGUUCAAAUCUGUCCAAUUUUUCGAUCGUUCGCCAUAUAAAGCAAUGCGUUGAGUAAUAAUACUUCGACAUUCUACAUUGGUGUGGCUGGAUCAAUUUCUUGAACUCGCAUGUAUAUAUCCGUUCCUAGGUAUAGUUUGCAAUAAUUCACGAUAAAAAUUGAUCCAUUAUACCAAAUUGACAAAGAGGUCAACCUUAUCGAAUUUCGACCACAUAGGUCUAUUUUUGGGCACCGCCUCACAUAAGGGCUCUCAGGAUAUGUAAAUCCUUACAUGCCAAAAAGGCUUAAUUGUUAUUUGUUUAAGAUAGCAAUUUGACAUGAAAAUUAAGUGAAGUAAAGUUGAAGCACAUGGGUCUAUUUCGUGGACUCGAGGUAAGAUUUCUCGUAGUAGUAAUAAUAUCAUCAGAAAAAGAACAGUUUAUGAUAAUAAGCGGUCGAUAGCAACACUACUACUCAACAAAGAAAUUAACAGUAGGAACUUUGGACCGCAUAGGUCUAUUUUUUGAAUCCAAUAAAUAUAUAUAAAAAGUAAGGCCUUAUAGGGAGAGAAAGUCUAGUUUUUAGUUUUUUAUGAUGCGAACUGAAAAGCGCUAGAGUCUUUCGGAAGUACUAUGAUAUUUUGGGCAUCUCUCCAAAUGAGUGAAUGACUGUACUGGGCAAAAUGAUUGAUGAGGCACCUUGUGGUCGGCCUUGCCCGACUGUAACAUUAUUACUUAAAGUUAACAUAAUUUUUUUCUUAUGUUUCUAAUAUCAGCUUUAUUGGAAUGAGCCUAACGUGAAAAACAAUAGCACAACAAACAAAUUAUAUGAAAAGUACUAUUAUCUGACAAAGGGGUUCAACAAAUGACGUUCUUAUCUUCGAAUGACCUGAAGUCCUGAAGAAAAAAAAAAUCAAAAGUGUAGAAGUUUGGGAUAAAAUCUUUUUCUUAAGGCGAACGGACAUACAGACAGACAGUCAAUUUUUAACAGCAAAAUGGAGUAGGAAAUAACGCAAACACUGCCAAAAAAGGUUUUUUUUUUUUAUAUAAUCAUAUAUUAGAGAUAUAAAUAACUAAGAGACUAAAACUUGCAUAAAAUACUAAAAAAAAAAAAAGAAGCAAUUUUCAAAACGCACAUAACGUAUUAAAAAAA